CGCGCGGAGGUUGCCGUCGCGUUACUGGCCUUCCCUUUUAGUGCCCCCCCCGGACACGAGUGCUCGCCUCUGCCGCGCCUGCGCCACCACCACCACCGUUCGUCCGCUCGCCGCGUCGACGAGCUCCUCCUCCGCUUCGCGCUUCGUGUCAGGGUUUGGAGUGGAGUGGAGGGGGAAGGAAAAGGGGGAGGGAUGAUGCACGCGAAGUCGGAGUCGGACGUGACGAGCCUGGCGCCGUCGUCGCCGCCGCGGUCGCCGAAGAGGGGCGGCGGCGUGGGCGUGGGCGGCGCGAACUACUACGUGCAGAGCCCGUCGCGGGAGUCGCACGACGGCGGGUACAAGUCGUCGUCGAUGCAGGCGACGCCGGUGUACAACAGCCCGAACGAGUCGCCGUCGCACCCUUCCUACGGCCGCCACUCCCGCUCCUCCUCCGUCAGCCGCUUCUCCGGCACCCUCCGCGACGGCUCCCGCAAGGCCGGCGGCGAGCGCAAGGCGCUCAACGACAAGGGCUGGCCCGAGUGCAACGUCAUCGAGGAGGAGGGCCCCUACGAGGACCUCGCCGGCGACACCGGCCUCUCCCGCCGCUGCCAGAUCGUCCUCGGCUUCCUCUGCUUCGUCCUCCUCUUCACCGUCUUCUGCCUCAUCAUCUGGGGCGCCGCUCGCCCCUACGAGCCCGACGUCGUCGUCAAGAGCUUGACGAUGGAUGAUUUCUACGCUGGUGAGGGCACAGACCACAGUGGGGUUCCAACCAAAUUGGUUACACUGAACUGCUCUCUGCACAUAGCUGUAUACAACCCUGCUUCAAUGUUUGGAAUCCAUGUCACGACGGGUCCUAUUCGCCUUCUCUAUUCAGAGAUCUCUAUCGGGGUUGGACAGGUUCGCAGGUACUACCAGCCGAGGAAGAGCCACCGGUUGGUGACGGCGGUGGUCCACGGCAACAAGGUGCCCCUCUACGGCGCCGGCGGCGGGCUGAUGCUGUCGAGCUCCGGCGGCGCGGUGCCAUUGACGCUGGACUUCGACCUCACCUCCCGGGGAUACGUCAUCGGCAAGCUGGUGAGGGUGACGCACAAGGUGCACGUGACGUGCCCCAUCGUCGUCGACGCCAAGAAGACGAAGCCCAUCAAGUUCUCCAAGAAGGCCUGCGCCGUCUACAAGAUCUGAGAGGCCAUCGUCGCCGCCGCCGUCGCCGGUCGUCGUCCAUCACGCCGGCGGCGGGCGUCGCCUGCAGUGAUCGAUCGGCGACGGAGCCGUUCUUCUGUUCUUGCAGUUGUUGUAUGUAUUAUGCUUGUGAAGAACAAUAAGCGUUUAUAUGGUCACUUGUUAAUUUUACUUGAGCUUCGAUUUUGUUGAUAAAUCAGUAAAUCACUUUGUAUGGUAGUAGUGUUUUAUUUUCUCUGCUUUCUUUCUUUCCUGAGGAAACUAUGUACCGAAGUGUGGUACUAGAGUCAGUCUAGAUGGUUUUACGUUAAAGAUCACCAUGUUUACAGUUUCGCAUGGACAAUCACUGCAUUUUGUUUUGAACAGAGCAUAUUAAACAGCAA